UCGAAUGGUUUCUAUUGGCGGGGUUGGGCUAGGAUAUCCCCUCCCACGAUAUCUCCGGAAGAAACCGUUCCAAGGUUGAAUAGAUUGCAGCACGUGCGAGGCUCUGGGCUUUCGUUGUGGCCACUUUGUAUGGGACGACGCUUUGCUGUAUCUAACUACGAAGCGCACCAGGUCCGACAUCGUGACAACACUUUUGAUCGAACGCAUCACUCACCGUGGAGGCCUUCACAGGGUUUACCAGGCCUCGAGCCGCCCGAAGCCGUUGUCUAGAUUCGGACCAGGGAUUUGCUGGACCGCUUCAACGUAUUUGUAGAUUCCCCAACAUUAACCUUCAUCACCAGCCGAGAUGAGUAGGAGAGGGCAAGAGGCUGAUCAAGAGGAGGAGCGACUGGGUCUUCUCGACGAGGGAGAAGAGCUCGAGAAGGGGAGUCAACUAUCAGAAGGCGAGGAAGAGCUGGAUUUGGACUAUGAAGAAAGCCUGAAACAGCAGCGAAUAGGCCGAAAGAGCUGGUUGAGAAUUAUUGUCGUCGCGCUCUUGGUCGCAUGGACUCUGGGCUUCAUCGUACAUUCCUUCCUGGUGCCUCGCAAACAAGACCCGCCAUCACCUGCUUCAAGCGCGCAACUUCGACCCGAAGAAGAUUAUAUCUUGAAUCCGAAGUGGGAUUUCGACGCGGGGCCUACCACGAGAGAGUACCACUGGACCAUCGCAGAGCAUGAGCUCAACCCAGAUGGCGUGUAUCGGCCCAUGAUGCUCAUUAAUGCCAUGUUCCCAGGACCGCUAAUCGAAUGCAAUGAAGGAGAUGAAAUUGUCGUCCACGUACAUAACGAGGCCACCAACGCGACUUCUAUUCAUUGGCACGGGCUAUACCAGAAUGGGACGAAUUGGAUGGACGGUACUGUUGGGAUUACCCAGUGCCCAAUCGCUCCAGGUCGUUCCUUCACCUACCGCUUCAACGCUUCCGGCCAGACAGGCACAUAUUGGUAUCAUAGUCACAUGUCCAUGCAAGCUUCAGACGGACUCGUCGGACCCAUAGUCAUACACGCCAAAGGAGACGAAGAGAAGAGGCUGCAAGAAGUGCCAUAUGGCGAAGAUAGGGUCGUCUUAGUCUCCGAUCACUACUACGACCUCUCGUCAUCUCUGCUCAUGCAAUAUCUCGCUCCAGGCAACGAGAACGACGAGCCAGUGCCUCAGUCAGCCCUCAUCAACGGCCGCAACAUCCGCGACUGCUCUGACCUACCGAACCGCAACUGCUCAUCCACCAACACCUCCAAUGCUCUAUUUGACCUCUCAUCCGACUCUAACACGCGCCUCCGCAUCAUCAACGUAGGCGCGUACGCGGAGUUUCAGAUCCAAAUCGACGAGCACAAAUUCCUACUCACAGAAGUCGACGGCGUGGAUGUGCACCCCCAAUCCAUCCACCGACUUAACAUCAACCCCGCGCAACGCUACAGCAUCAUCCUCACCCCGCCGAAUCCCAGCAAGGGCCUAUACUGGAUGCGGGCGCGCAUGAUAACGCACUGCUUCGCGUACGAGGAGCCCGAGCUGAAAGAGGAGGUCCGCGGCGUCAUCAGAUACUGGGCGCCCGGCGACAGCGUCGCCCCACAAAGCAAAGACUGGCCCGAGAUCAUCGAAGUCGAGUGCCGCGACCUCAAUACCAGCGCUCUCAAGCCCAUCAAAGCCAUCGCCGCGCCGGCGCACGCAGACGACCAGGUGUACCUACGGUCCAGCUUCCAGAUCCGGGACUGGCGCCUCAGCCGCGGCUACCUGAACGACAGCACCUAUCGCGCAAACCUGACCCAUCCGACGCUGAACACGCUCACCACCGGCUUCGCCCAGAAGCAGGACGUCUUCAUGUACUCGCUCUCGCUCGUCUCCGGCAUCAACACCUACCUCUUCGACCCAACGCACACCCUCGUGUACCAAACCAGGGGCAUCCGCACCAUCGACAUCCUGCUGCAGAACCUCGACGACGGAAACCACCCCUUCCACCUGCACGGCCACACGUUCUUCGUGCUUGCCUCCGGGCACGGGUAUCCGCCCGCGAACCUGCAUUCGACGCUGAAUCUCACGAACCCGCUGCGCCGCGACACGGCGAGCGUAGAAGCCUUCGGAUGGACGCUGAUACGCUUUGUCGCGGAUAAUCCGGGCGUGUGGCCGUUUCACUGCCACCUGGGGUGGCACAGUGAGGCGGGCUUGUUGAUGCAGUUCCUGACGCGGGUGGACGAGGUGGCGAAGUGGACGGUGCCGGCGGAGCUUGAUCGUCUGUGUGCGGCUGAGGGUGUCGAGAAGGGCGCGGGGCCGGACGAUGAGAUGUGGGUCGGGUCCUGGGAUUGAAUGUACUUGCGAUUCAAGGG